GCUGUUUGCAAAUGUUAAUCCAGGGUCAAGGUAAUGGCUGUCUGACACGACACUUAAAUUUAUAUAAAACCAUGCCCUUUCAGCAUUCAUUUAUGACUUUGGUGAGCUGCUCUGAUUUUAAAAGCAGGCUGGCUUUAUCAGGGCAUGGGCACAAGUGAUCUAACACUGCAAACAAAAUGUUGCUUCUAGCUUCAGCUUUUUUUCUAACACUACUGCAGUGCUCUAAUGCCCAAAAUGAAGCAAGCACUACACCUGCAGACUGUAACACCAUUGAAACAGAUGCAGGAGUGGCCCUGGAUUUGGUCAACAGACAUCGCAGAGAUGGUUAUGUUUUUGGUUUAUUCCGUGUUGCUGAUGCACAUGAACUACAUUUAGGAAAUUCAACGGUCCUCUACUUAACUUUGGAUGUGCUGGAAACUGAAUGCUCUGUCUUAUCCAGAAGACACUGGGAGUCCUGUGAAUACAGUGACACUUAUCCAAUGGACUUUGGGCAAUGUAAGAUUAUCACAUAUACAAACCAUCUGCUGAAGAAACCUCAACUAUAUGGAUUUAAUUGUACAUUAAGUCCAGUCCCAUCUGAUGUAGUAGAAUGCAAAGAUUGUCCUGUGAAACUUGAAGCCUUAGAAGUCACAGAGCAACAUAAAGAUAUUGCUGAAAAGGCCCUGAAGAAAUUCAACAGUGAAGGCAACCACACAAGCAACUUCGCUGUGGAUAAAGUUGAAAGAGUUAUAAAGAUGACUGCCUCCCGUGAAGGUCACAUUUUAGGAUUCUCUAUAAAAGAGACCAACUGCUCCAAAUCUAUGCAGGAAACAGAUCAGGCACUGGAAUGUGAUUUUCUGCAUGACUGGCACGCUCACACCGGAUUCUGCAAGGCAAGAAUUAUCAGUGAUGCAGAUGAAGCUGAUGGAAUAGAUAUAAACUGUGAAAUCUACCAUCCCUGGCACCAUGGCUGUGGACGAAGAGGGAAAUAUCCACACAGACAUCCCCAUUAUCAUCAUCAUUUUGGUCACAGACAUCACCAUAAGCAUCACCACAGACAUGAAUGUCCUCCCUCUUCUCAGUCCAGACCUGAAGACCCUGAGCAUAAUCCCAAAUCCAACAAGGAAGAUCAAGAUGGCAACGAAGAACCUUCUUCUCCCCCUCCUCUCCAUGAUGAACCAGACUACCACCAUCCUACCCCAUCUCCUCAGGGAACAGAUCAUGACCACCCUCCUCACCAUCAUGGACCAGAUCAUGACCACCCUCCUCACCACCAUGGACCAGAUCAUGACCACCCUCCCCACCACCAUGGACCACCCUGUCCUCCUCCCCACCAUCAUGGACCAGAUCAUGACCACCCUCCUCACCACCAUGGACCAGAUCAUGACCACCCUCCUCACCACCAUGGACCACCUUGUCCUCCUCCCCACCAUCACGACCACCCUCCUCACCACCAUGGUCGCCCUCCUCAUGGCCCAAGUCACCACCAUCCUCCUCACCACCACGGACCACGCUGUCCCCCUCCUCCAGGACAUCCUCCCCAUCACUGUCAUCACUAUCACAGACACCAUCACAAGACAAGCAUACCAGGAAAGUAUUUUCCAUGCCACGUAACAGGAGCUGUCUAUCGCAUCCCAGUUUUAAGCCAGCAGGAUUCUCUCACACCUCCCACUGCAAACUUUCCUGAGCUAUCCCAAUGCAACCUUUACUUUUGCAGCAUUGGCUCAAAACUAAAGGAAACGGCAGAAGUUCCAGGCUUUCCAGAUCACCCUACACAAUCGGAAUCAUGCCCUGGAAAACCUAAAUUUGACCUUCCAAAAAUUUUGCCUUUAUUUCCUCGUAGUCAAUGAAAACAGCACAUGGAGAAGUGGGAAAAGCAUUCAGUUUCUAGGAAGGAGAAUCACUGAAAAUAAUCGUUAAGUAUUUCAACCUGCUUCUUCAUCCUGGCUUUCUCAAGCUCCACUGUAACUAAAAGGCUCAAAAUUCUGAGUCCUUCAGAUAAUGGGAAUGGGUAAAAACCUCCCAAGAAAACAAUGCUCCUUCAGUUCUAACAAAAAGGAAAAUUCUGAAAUAGUGAAAAUUACCAUCUAAAAUCUUUCAUUUUUUUAUCAUUCAUAGUUAUAAUGUACUGCUCCAAAAAAUCUGACCUAGAUGAAAUUUGACUGCUUCCCAUAAAAAAUGAUACAUGACACUGCAUUCAUGCUUUAUACAGAUUAAAAGAAAAUAAAAACAUGCAAGUAUUUUUUUCUUGA